CAAUCAAGUUGAUAAAAAAGAAAAGAAAAAGAAUAGUAUCCCAUUGAAGGCCAAAAAAAAAGGAACAAAAAGGAAGACUCUUAUUGGCAGAUGGAUUGCACCCCUAACUCUGCCAAGAUCCAAUUGUCCAAAUGAGGAUGAGAAGAUCAACUGGGUCUGGUGUUUUUGAAUAGGGUUGAUUCUCUUCUUCGUAACUACCUGUGUUCUGUAUGCUUUCAACAAGAUUUAAGUUUCUUGAUGCACAGUGAGGCUUAAUGGAUAUUGUUCCAGUGUUAUAUACUGGGUUCAAGGGCACAAUUUCUGCUUCAAACAGUUUGGAUGAAAUUCAUGGAUAUCUAAAUGAUGCAUUGAAAAUGCUUCAUGCUAAAAGGGAUGAUUACAGGAACAGAUUUCAGAGGCACAAGAACAAGAAGGCAACUAAUGCUUAUACUGAAUGGAGUUCCAUGGUGACGAAGAUUGAGAAUGAAAUGCGAGAUCUUGAAACGAGAUACGAAUUAGAAAAGAAGCGCUCACGAUUAUGGAAAUUUCCUCAACGUUCAGGAUUCUGCCAAGACAUGAAAGAUAAGUGUGAAAGAGUUCUCCUUCUUUUGAAGCAGGGCAAUGAACUGGGAGAAGUUAUGGUUGAUCCUCCGCCAAAACCUGUGGAAUUGAUGCCCGCACCAGAAAUCCAUAAAUUUAAGACACUUCAGAUGCAUGUGGAUAAGAUAUUGGAUUUCCUAGGGAAAGACAAAGUUAAAGGGAUUAGGAUCCAUGGAAUGGUGGGGAGUGGUAAAACAGCCAUAAUGCAGAGCUUGAAUAACCGGGAAGAGGUUCGUGAAAAGUUUGAUAUUGUCAUAUGGUUGGACGUUUCAGCAGAGGGUAACAAGGAGAAUCUGAGCACAGAGCAGUUGCAAGGGGCUAUUGCGAGAAAACUGAAACUUGAUGUUGAAAGCACCAGUGAUGCUCAUGCAGUUGCAAAGAGGAUAUUGGAAGAGUUGGAGGGUCAGAGGUAUUUGCUACUCUUGGAUGAUGUGAGGCAAGAUCUGGACUUGUAUUGCCUUGGAAUCCCAGAAACUAAGAAUGGUAGCAAGGUUGUUUUGACAACUAGAUUUGGCCAUGUCUGCUCCUCAAUCGUUAAUAGGGCCGUCAAGGUAGAUGGUUUACCCGAAAAUGAGGCAUGGGAAUUGUUUCAUGAUGUUUUGGAAAAUCCAAAACUUACAGAGAAUACAAAAAUCUCACAACUUGCCUGGAAAAUUGUCAAGAAGUGUGGUGGCCUUCCGCUCGUUCUAAAAAUGCUGGCAAGUAACUUCAGAAUUAGGAAGAGUGAAGAUCAAUGGGUGGAUGGAUUUAACAACUUCAGAAAAUGGCCUAACAUUAAACAUGAAGGCAUGGGGGAACUGUACGAAUUGCUGAAGUUCUGUUCCAAUAACUUGGACAGUGCACAAAAGCGUUGCUUUUGUUAUGGUGCUUUAUAUGCUGAAGAUAGUCAAAUCCCCAUAGAUUGUUUGUUGGACUGUUGGGGUGCUCAAAAUUUUCUUGGCAGUGACGAUGAUGGAGAUGAACUGCGCAUCAGUGGCCGUAUCAUAUUGCAGCAUCUUAAGAAUGUUUCCUUACUUGAGGAAGGUAUUACCACUGAGUAUGUGAGGAUGCACAAAAUUAUCAGGCAAGUGGCGCUACAUGAUGGUGAACAUACACAUAUGGUAAAAACCAAGGAAGCCUUGCGAAAAGCCCCAGAUAUCAAACAUUGGUCAGAGAAGAAUUGGAUCUCUCUGAUGGACAAUGAACUCCAAAUGUUACCAGAGUGCCCAGAUUCUAGUGUGCUUUCCACUCUCUUCCUGCAGAAGAAUUUAAGCUUGAAAAAAAUACCUGUGUCAUUUUUCAAUCACAUGGAAACUCUCCUAGUUCUGGACUUCUAUAGAACGGGUAUUGUGUCCUUACCUCAAUCCCUAUCGAAGUUGAUCAGACUCAAAGUGCUCUAUUUAAAUGGUUGCAUAUAUCUGACUGAGCUUUCUUCUCAAUUAGAAGGACUUGUGAAUCUUGAGGUGCUUGAUUUGCGGGGUAGCGGGAUAAAACAUAUUCCACAGCUCCUUGAGAAAUUGCUCCGCCUAAGGCGUUUGCUAGUAUCAUUUCCUGACACCUAUUCUUCAGUGGUAGCUACUAAUUGCGAAGUGAUUUCCAAGCUGUCUGCAUUGAAGGAGUUGAUCAUUGACGUGAAAGCUCCCCGUAAGCAGUGCAGUGACGAAAUUCUGAAUUCUACCAUAGAAAAGAUAGUCACCCUAGAACUGACCACUCUCCAGUACCGGUUUUCAGAUGAGACAGUAGAUGUCAUAAAGGUGGAGGCGGCCACUACAUAUAUCUGGGUUCCCGAUGCAGCUAUUCUAAGAAUUUUCCUCGAGAGAGGUGACCUUUGCUUUGCAUCAUUUCAAGUUUGCAUCGGUUUCUAUUCAACCUCUCCUCAAAUUCCCAUGUCUUACCAGUAUGAAAGGUACAUCAAAUGUGGAAACUACAGUCCAGAAGUUUCAGCGUUGCUUGCUAAAGCAGAUGCAUUUGAAUUGGUUAACCACCCUGACGCUGUGAAUCUAAUGGAGCUCGUUGAGAGCAUGAACGAGGUCCGAGGUUUACUGAUUGAAAAUUCCAGUAAAAUCGAAACAAUCGUGGAUAUUAACUCUACAACUAACAGCCCAAUACUGCCAAACCUUGAGCAACUCUACGUAAGGAAUUUGCCAAUGUUGAAGAGCAUUUGGGAAGGCCAUGUACCAUUUGGUAGUGGUCUAUGCAAACUCAAGGUUCUUGUUUUGAGAAAUUGUCCAAUGUUGUUCAAGAUAUUUUCAGAGGGGUUGGUUCAGACGAAUCUGGGAAUCCAACAACUAGAAGUUGAAGACUGCUUCGAAAUUGAAGAGAUAAUUAUGGGGUCUGAUUUUCUGCUUCCAAACCUGGAGAAAAUGACACUUAAUAAUGUGCCAAAAUUAAGGAGCAUUUGUGCAAAUGAAUCGAUGGAGUGGCACUCCUUGAAGGAGCUUGAGAUACAUGGAUGUCCCAGAUUGAGUAGAUUACCUUUCGGCAAGGAUAAUGCAUUGAAUCUGGGAUCCAUUAAAACAGAUAAAGUUUGGUGGGAUGCGUUGCACUGGCAACAGCACGAGGUCAAGGAACACUUUGAGCAAUAUUGCACCUUCAGCACCAUGCCAACUACUGCUACUGGUGUUAUUGACAGCAUUGGCGAGGGGACAUCCAGACGCAUGUCCCAGGGAGAACUUUCUAGGGCUGCUCCCAAGAGAAGGCUCUCAGAAGAAGAGAAGGGGAAAGCAGUUGCCUCUCCUGAAACUAGCAAGAGAGGUAGAUCUGAACAAAAUCCCUGGGUCUAAACAGGAUAUCCAUCCGAUAGCAGCUAGUAGUUGGACUGUCUAUGGUGACGGUAACCAAGUGUCAUUAACUUUCUGCCUAUAGGGAACAGCUGCUGCUGGGGGAUCAAACGUUCAAUGAAAUUUGGUCUUGGCAUGACAGUAUUAGUUAUUGGGUCUUAGUAUAUAACUUGACAAAAUCACACUUUAAGGCAUUUUGUAGGAGUUUGGAGACAUGGCAGGGGUCUUCGUUACAUGUUUGUCAUAAUUUUGAUAAUAAGUUUGUUUCCGUUUCAGUUGACUUAUCUCUAUGCAUAGUUUGUGCCAAUCUGCACCUAUCCCUUCUUA